ACCAGACCCUCAUCAUUUCGAUAUCAUAAACCCUAGCAUUUUGCUUCCCUCUCAAAAUUCGAUAAAAUUGAUCGAAAAUGCCACCGAAUUCCUCUCUUCGAUCGAUCGCAUAGCGAGUUUCGAGCUCGAUCUUGGGUUUCUCUUCCUUAGCCUUCGAUCUUUCAGAACGCUCGGGAUCUCUGAAACCCUAAGGAUGCCUCCGCCUCCAAGAGCAAGAACUGCCCUACAGGCUAUGAAGAGCAUUGGAUUUUCCAGUAAAGAGGCUGCACCUAUAUUGAGGAAGCUCCUUGAGGUUUACGAGAACAACUGGGAGUACAUUGAAGAUAAUGAUUAUCAAGUUCUAAUUGAUAGCAUACUUGAGGCGCAGGAAGCAAAGGCUUCUACUACAAAACAAAAUGCUGUGGCUGGUGAUGAUCCUGAGCAUUCUAGAAAGAGAAUAAGAAAGCUAAGUGAAAACCCUUCGACAUCAACACUUGCUACUGAUUGUUCUGGAGAGACUCUGCUGAAGAAACCAAAGCUAGAAGCUGAUGUUUCUCCUGAAGAGCAACUUGGCGGAAUCAUUGCAGAUCCUGUUCGAUUGCAGGUUGAUGAUACAGGGAGAAUUGAUGUUGCAUCAUCACAGUUUGGUAAUAGACAGAAAAUGACUGAACCCACUUCAGCUGAACCUUCUUUUAGUUCUAAAAAAGCUGAGCAAAAUUUGUCUCCAGUCAACCGUAGAGAAACUAGAGCUUCUUCUCGUGCACAAAAAACUAGUUCUCUGGAAGAAAAUGCUGAACAUUUGAUGCCCGGCAGAGAUAAAACGUCUGCUAGUGGGAGGUCAAGGAAUUCGAUCUAUCUUAAAGAGCCCAAAACUGAACCAGUGUGUUGGUACAUAGAUGAUGAAUAUCAACAAAGUCAAGUUCAAGCAAAUGUUGCUGAAGCCUUAGCAGCUCAGAGAACUCAGGCCACAGACAAGGGGAAAAGGAAAGAUAGCAGCUCGUCUGGAGUCAGAUUAGAGAAUGGAAACACAUCUCAUGAUGCAUCUCCUUCUACUAUUGAUAUAGCUUCCUCAUAUACGGGGGCGGUGAAACUUCAGUUUAGCUUUAAGACUGAUCAUCCUGAUUUCAGCGCCCCGAGUGUUGAUACCGUCUUAAAAAUGGUAGAGGAAAAAUGUUUGCAAUGCCACAAAAUUUCAGAACCUGAUUUCUCGCUGCUAAAACUCAUGAAAGAAGUGUGUCAAUUUGCUUCAGAGUUGACUAACCCGAGCAAUGGAGAUGAGGUGGGAAGGGGCUAAAAGGCUUUUAUAUGCACUUCUUUUAACCAGUCCUUUCUAGAAUGGAAGUAUGGGUUUGACAUAUUGGAUGAUUGUAUGCUGGAUGAGAAGGAAGAUGAUCAGUUAUUUUCAGGCAUCAGCUUUUUCCAAAGGAAGUUCACUCGAGAGCAAUUAAGUAGAUCUAUUCAUGCAGGUGCGAAACAUGGGGAACUCCCUUAAAACUCCACAAGCUAUCUCUGUAGGAGGGCGAACUAUCCGCCAGAGAGAAAUUUAAUCAUAUUUUUGUCUGACACUCCAUCUUUUGUGGUGAAACUAUAUAAGGAGGUUAUCCAUAAUUCCAAUUGAUCUGCCUCGCUUCAUUUCUUCUCACGUGUUGAUGUUGGAUGAUCGGUAAUAAUAGAUUGAAAAACUCUAUUUUCUUGUAGUGUAAAUUUUUCUCUUAAUGGAAUGCUGCAAAUCAAUGUAGAUGGCCUUUUUUGCCAUGUUAAAGAAAAGUCGAUAUGUUUUUUGUGGGUAAAUUGCAGAUAAUAUCGACCCGUUUAUUAGCACUCAACACUUGAUUUUUCAUUUUUGGAAAGAUAAGUUGUAUGCAGCAUCCCUCUUCCUCAUGAAUUAAGGGGGCUAAGUGCUAAUAAAUUGUUUAAUUUGAGUUUAUUACCAAUUA